AUGGCAAGCCAAAGAAAAGGGACGGCCAAGUUGAAUGAUCUGUUGGAGAUCGAGAGGCAGAUGCAGGAAUUGUGGUACAGAGAUGGAGUUUUCGAGUCUGAUGCUCCGGAGGAAGGCUCAGAGGAGGCCAGAAAGAGCAAGUACAUGGUGACAUUUCCAUAUCCUUACAUGAAUGGAAAGCUACAUCUGGGACAUACAUUCUCUCUCUCAAAGUGUGAAUUUGCAGUUAGUUUUCAAAGAUUGCUAAACAAGAGAUGUCUGUUUCCAUUUGGUUUUCACUGCACUGGAAUGCCAAUCAAGGCCUGUGCGGACAAGUUAAAAAUGGAGAUUAAAGAUUUUGGCUUUCCUCCAUCUUUUCCAACAGUUGUUGAGAAUGCUACAGCUGAAAUUAAUGAUGAAAUUGUCAUCAAGGAUCCAAGCAAAGGAAAAAAGAGUAAACUGGCGGCAAAGACAGAAGGACUGAAGUACCAAUGGCAAAUUAUGAAGUCACUGGGCCUGUCUGACGAUGAGAUUCGGAAUUUUUCAGACCCUUCAUACUGGAUGCAGUAUUUCCCGCCGCUGGCUAUCAAAGACCUCAAAUCUCUUGGUCUAAAGAUUGACUGGCGAAGAUCGUUCAUAACCACAGAAGCUAAUCCAUUCUACGACUCGUUUGUUAGGUGGCAGUAUAUAAGACUGAAGGAGAGAGAUAGACUGCAAUUUGGAAAGAGGUACACUAUCUUCUCCCCUAAAGACAACCAACCAUGCAUGGAUCACGAUAGAAGCACUGGAGAGGGUGUUGGACCGCAAGAAUAUACCCUGAUCAAGAUGAAAGUUCUUGAACCUUUGUCUGAUGCUCUCAACAGUGGCAGUGGCGGUUGCAUCUACCUCGUUGCAGCAACACUGAGACCAGAGACAAUGUACGGACAGACGAACUGUUGGAUCCACCCUACUAUAAAGUAUGUGGCAUUCAAGGUCUGUAGUGGAGAUGUGUUCAUUUGUACAAGGAGGGCGGCGAAGAAUAUGUGUUAUCAGGGGUUCACAGAGGAGAAUGGAAAGUUCGAAGCGUUGGCUGAACUAGUUGGCGAGACGUUGAUGGGUCUAAAAUUGAAGUCGCCACUCUCUGUUUACAGCGCCAUUUAUGCACUGCCCAUGCUGACUAUUAAAGAAGAAAAAGGAUCUGGCAUAGUGACGAGCGUUCCGAGCGACUCACCAGAUGAUUACGCGGCUCUCAGAGAUCUGAAAAAUAAAAAAGCACUGAGGGAAAAAUAUUGUAUAAAGGAUGAAAUGGUCUUGCCUUUUCAACCAGUCGAGAUUAUAGAUGUGCCAGGGUAUGGUCGAUUGUCGGCCCAAAAAGCAUGCGAUGACCUCAAAAUUCAGAGCCAAAAUGACCGGGAAAAGUUAGCAGAAGCUAAGGAAAAAGUCUAUCUGAAAGGAUUCUACGAAGGGACGAUGGUCAUUGGCGAGCACAGAGGCAAGCCAGUGCAAGAAGUCAAGAAACUAAUUCAAAGGAUUAUGAUAGAAAAGAAAGAGGCAAUGAUAUACAUGGAGCCGGAAAAAUUGGUCAUCUCAAGAUCAGCUGAUGAGUGUGUUGUUGCCCUUUGCGAUCAGUACCUAAAGUAUGGGGAGGAGUCAUGGAAACAUCAGGUGCUCGAGCACUUGAAGGAUGUUGAGUUGUUCAGCGAGGAGGUACGCAAGAACUUUGAGGCCUCGUUCGACUGGCUGCACGAACAUGCUUGUUCUAGGUCAUAUGGAUUAGGAACAAAGAUUCCCUGGGACUCGCAAUAUCUGAUAGAAUCUCUCUCUGAUUCAACAAUCUACAUGGCUUAUUAUACUGUCUGUCACAUUUUGCAUGCUGGCUCGCUCGAUGGUUCUCUGCAGCCAUUCAAUAUCAAACCUGAGCAGAUGACUUUAGAAGUCUGGGAUUAUAUUUUCUUCAAAGAAGCGCCCAUUCCUAAAAAAUCGGAAAUCCCCAAAGAUUUACUUCUGAAAUUGAAGCGGGAAUUUCAGUAUUGGUAUCCAGUUGAUCUGAGAACAUCUGGCAAAGAUUUGGUCCCAAACCAUCUCACUUACUAUUUGUAUAGUCAUGUGGCUAUGUGGCCUAAUGACAAAUCAAGAUGGCCUCAGGCUAUCAGAGCAAAUGGUCAUCUGCUGUUGAAUUCAGAAAAAAUGUCAAAGUCCACUGGUAAUUUCUUAACGUUGUCACAAGCUGUCAACAAGUUUUCAGCUGAUGGAAUGCGUCUUUCAUUGGCCGAUGCCGGGGACAGUGUUGAAGAUGCGAAUUUCGUUGAGGCUAUGGCAGACGCCGGCAUUUUGAGGCUGUACACCUUCUUGGAGUGGACCAAGGAGAUGUUGGAUCAGCGCGCGUCACUCAGGAAAGAUGGCGACACCUUUUGCGAUAGAGUUUUUAUUUGCGAUAUGGAGAACGCGAUAAACAAGACAAAGUUAAAUUAUGAGAAGAUGAUGUUCAAGGAAGCACUGAGGACUGGUUUCUUUGAAUUUCAAGCUCUAAGAGACAAAUACAGGGAGAUGGAAAGCCAGCAGAUGAGGGAGGAUCUUGUGUUUCUGUUUAUUGAGAGGCAGGCUAUCAUCUUUUCACCAAUCUGCCCCCACCUCUGUGAAUAUAUCUGGAGAUUAAUUGGAAGGGAGGGUUACGUAGUGAAUGCACUGUGGCCGGCGACGAGUGAGGCUGUCGAUGAAGUUCUGAUCAGAUCCUCUCAAUACCUCGUCGAUGCUGCCCACGAGUUCAGGAUCCGGAUGAAGGCCUAUCUACAACAGCAUGCCAAAAAGACUCCUUCAAAGCAGCAGCAACAGCAGCAGCAACAGCAGCAGCAACAGCAGCUGCAAGUUUCCAAACCCACCCACGCCACAAUAUGGGUUGCCAAGAGUUAUCCACCAUGGCAGAAUCUCGUUCUCACCAAGCUCAAGUCACUCUAUGAGAAAUCAGGUGAGUUUCCAGAUAACAAAUUAGUGUCUCAGGAGUUGAUGAAGGAAGACCUUCUGAAGAAGUUCUCAAAGAAGAUCAUGCCAUUUGUCGUCCUCGUCAAGGAGAAUGUUCAAACCCAAGGAGCAAAGGCCUUGAACUUGACCUUGGAUUUUGAUGAGGUAGACGUCCUUAAAGAAAACAUCAACUAUCUCAUCAACACACUAGAGUUGAAAGGCCUUGACAUUCGAACUACCGAUAGCGCUGAUGACAAAGUUAAAGAUGAGUGCUCUCCUGGAAAGCCAUUCAUCACCUACAGAACUGAGUCAUGCUUUCCUGUAAAGUUGAUCAACAACCAGCCAUUCAAUGGCCUGUUUGAAAUGACCUUCGAAUUUUAUGAAGGUGACUCGUGCUCUUCUGCAUGCUCGCGAUUGGCUAAGAUUUGCAAGCCCACCAAGGACAGUGCAUUGAGUAGGAUAACCUUUCGUUAUGAAAUUUAA